GAAAUUUAGACCCAAGCGCCCUUCGGUAUGCCUUCGCUCCUGCUGGCGAUCAUGACCUCGGCCCUCUCGCCGCGGCUCGGCGCUGCGCUGUAUCCCAGCGCCGCCCGACCGCAGCCUGCUGCGCGGGCUGGUCGGCUGUGUGCCGCUGAGGCCGCCGCCCCAGUCCGAGUUGAGGUCUGUAUGAACAAGUACUGCAAGAAGCGUGGCUCGGCAGCUACGCUCGAGCUUCUACAGCAGCUUGCGGACGGGCGCGACGAUGUGCUCGUGGAGGUGGCGGAUAUGAGCCACACGGAGCACGGGUGCUUCGACGAAUGCACAAUGGGGCCGAAUGUGCGCAUCGGCGGCGACGGGCCGCGGACCGACUCGGCGCCCUUUGGAGCCGGAAAGGUCGUCAACGGCAUCAAGGGCGAGGACGCUGCGCAAGGACUGCUCGAUACGGUGCUGAAAGAAUAACGUAAAGCACACGCGAAACACGCCAGACGCUUGGAGUCCGUCUCGAGCGGACACUCUCUGUAUCAUGUUACUGUAUCCUCUCUAGAGGGCAAGGAUGUU